CUAGCGGGUACUAUAGGACACAGACCAAAGAGUCGGUCCACCAAGAACGAUUUACUACCUGGUGAGAGGUCGUAGAGAGCCUUAGUCGAAAUUAUGACCUUCGAAGGGAACAAAAUGAUGAAUCCCGAAGCCACAAUAUCCUCGAGAAAUUCAAAACGGCGCGUCGUGGCGAAUCUAGCUAGUGGAGCGAGCUACUGCAGAGCCGCCGAAGCCAGGAGAGAUUCCUCUGAUCGGAGCAGCUGCAACAGGAAGUCUGCCCCGCCUGAUCUUGUUUCGGCGCUGCAGCCGGACCACCUCCAAGGUCUUCUAACUUCUACAGCAGGGUUGGUUUAUAAUUUUCUCGGGCGCCAGGGCUUGUAGAAAGAGGGCAAGAGCUACUACUUCCAUCUAGGUGGAACCACGACUCCGGAGUCGAGAGGCGAACGACGAACAACGGCAUCAAAGAAGCUCCAGGAACAACAAGAAGUACUUCUAGCAGACCGGACUGUGAGUAGUUCGUGCAAGAAGAAGUACGUAGAGCGAAACAAAAAUGCUUACCCCAGUGAAAGAUGUUGCAAAAGAGCCCGCUUUCGCGGAGUUCGCGACACAGGAGUCCACCAGCGAGGUCAUCUCGGAGGUGCUUCGCGUUUUUUUCAAGAAGCCGGAGCAGAACCAGAAGCUGAGCGACUUGGUCGAUGCGCAUGACGUCGUGCUGCCCCGCUUCGGGUUGACAAAUACCGAAGUCGGACUGCAGAUCUACCGCGCGCUGGUGAAGUGGUUCAACGACAGCAGUGCCGCGGAGGAAAAGAAGCGUGUCGGCGGCCCCGCGACGCAGCGGGCAAGGAAAAAUGCCAUUGGCGGGCAAGGAGCAGGAGGUUCUCUGAACAAUCAUGGUGGUAGCAUUUCUAGGGUGCCGCAGCAGAAUUAUACCAAAGCUGCGACGACGAACAGUUCCUCAACUGCUUUCAAGCCCAAACUUGUUUUGGCGGCACCGAGAGCUGCAGGGUCUCCUGGACAGUUGUCCUCAUCUUCAGCAAGAACUACUGCAGUAGGAGUACAGCAGCCUUCUUCUUCGCGCAUCAAUCACCAGAACUUCUCAAAGAGUACGAGCCCACGGUUACAGUCUGCUGCGGACGACCUCCCGAGGCGGCCCCGCACCUAUUUGGGUCAGUUCCUGCACCACCAAAACUACCAGCAGGGAGGGAGCAGCAGCAGCACGUCGCCGAUGGUGCGACUACAUUCACAUGGUUCUACUGGUGCCCCCGCGUCGAAGAGUACAACAAAUUCCGCGAGUCCGAUGCUGCUCGAGUUCUCCAGCCCGGAAUUCGGCGGGAGGGGGGGAAGGGCCAAGUUGAUGUCGAGGAGCAGUGAGGAUUUAGCGCGGAGUGCCGCCUUUCAUGAUGGAAAAAAUAAUCUCCAUCUUUCAAUACGAACGCCACGGUUGGGAGAAACAUGUAAAGGCUCUUCCUCGACAGCGACGUCCGCCACGCACCAGCAAAAUUCAUUUCUCUCGAAGAGUUUCGAUGGCUCCACGCCUCGCCGAACUGUUCUAUCGCCCCCCUUUCCCGAAGCGGUAGGACCACGACUACACCUCCAGCAAGACACCGGCGAGGACCAGAGCAGAAUAAAUUCGAAGAUGAACAGAGUGGCGGACGAUGUUCUCCGCGCUUCGUUCGAGAAGAGGUCCCCAAGCCACGCGGACGGUUUGCCGGUGCCUGUCCUCAUUCCGAGUUCUUUGAGGUCAUCCAGGGAACUGUCGCCGAUAUUGCCAGUGGUUCGGGAUCAAUUACAACACGACGAAAAUCCUGUUGUCAAUGAGGCACAGGAUGAUCAUCAUGAUGUCCCGCGAGCGACCUCCCCCACCCCAAGUAAGAUCUCCUCAUCGACGACCAACGGGAUAACAAGUGGCGCGGCAGUUGUACCAGGCAACUUCGAUCCGAAACCGCAAGAGCAGUUAGGUCGGAAGUCGAGCGGCUUUUUUGGAGAUGAUGGUAAACAACAUGCCAGCCCGACGAGGAGAGCUGCACCCUUCAGCACUGCAGCAGCUGCGACAACGACGUCGAGGCCGAUUGGGGCUUGGUCCUCGGAGCGCAGCGUGCACUUUAACGAGCUUCAGCCCAAAGGCCAGCACCAGGACGACCCUCCUGCGUCCUCGCUGCUUGCACCGCCACCGCCCCUGCUAGUCGGGAGAAGUGGCAGCAGCAGCAGCACUGGUGUGAGCAGCACCCGAACUGGGCAGCAACUGCAGCCUCCGCACGCUCCGCCCCCAACAGCGCGGGCGCUAACGCCGGAGCCAAGUAGAACCUUUUCGACUUCUGCUGGGACGAGCCAAAAAUUAGGUUUGUUUCGGAGGUCAAUUCCCAGUGCUACGGUUGGAUAUACCACCACCGGCUUAAUUUCAGCAGAAAAUAACCAAACCAAUCCCGCUGGUAGCAAGCUCAUCGAGGGUCUGGGCUUGUCCGACGAAAUUCGGGAGGCAUUGUCGAAGUCGCUGGAUAUCUACGACCGACAUGGGACGAAGAAGAGAAGGAUCACUACUGGUAAAAGCCAGGCUUUGAAUGCAGACGAAAGAACGUCAACUUCCAAGUCCUCCAGGACGAACCAUUCCUUUGCUCCCCCCGACCUGGUCGAAAGUUCAUUCACAACCUCUCGUAGAGAGGGGCGCGAUGAAACGGCAAUAGGCGUCGAAUUAUACGACCCUCGGACGUCCUCAUCCCAACAAGGGUUGUUGUCCACCUCUGCUGGUGCAGCACAGGAGCUACCUCCUCACGCCUCCCCCGAGCGUCCGUCCCGGAGCAAGGUCCGCGAACCGCCGAAAACGGGAGCGCUCCUGCUGCAUGACCACCAUCAAAGGGUGAAAAUGAUGUCCGCCGGCAGCCUGCAGUCCAGUCCCCGAGAAAGACUAGGAAAGCGAGAUAUUAAAGGGGAGGAUCCCGAUGAUGAAAAGCGGUCCCCCGGGGAGAUUUCCCUCGCGGACAGUUGCUACAUUGUUUCGAAGUACGAAUCGCCCGGCGCUUUGUCGCUUCUGUCCGAGGAUGAGCGGGUGUUUUUGGAAGCGAAACAGAGGGACCAGUUGCUACCCGCGACCAGGCUGAUCGACACGGUCGAUUGGGGCAAUUUCGACAGCAACGACGUGAUCGCGCGCGCCUUUCGGUUCCGGCAGCUGCAGCGGAUCCACUUCGUCAAGUGGCAAAGGUGGCUCUGGGAUUGCUGGAAGAAAGAAGGGGUAAGUACUUACUACUACGAAGGAAUUUUGAUAGAUGGCUGCGCAUGCACACACUGUCUUCGAUAUGUUUGUUUCCGCAUGACAAAUAGUGAAAAAAGUACACUACAACGACCUUAUAUACAAUUCUGAGGUCGCCGAAGCGUUCUACGCGAAGCGGAUCGGCCCGCGGCGGUUGCCCCGGUACUUUCGGCACUAUCUUGAGGGGAUCCAAAACGAAAAAAGGCACCGGGACGAGGUGGACGACUUUUACACGACGAUCUGCCUGAAACUGUUGCAAAAGUACUUCCACAAGCUGCGGCGCUUCAUGCAAUUUUCCCAGCGGAUCUCCGCGUUCAUAUCAAGUGCAAAAAUGUCUGGGUCGGAAAAAGUGGAACUUGUCAUGCUAAAUCUGAAUCGUGUAAGAAUCUGUGUUGCAUGAUUACCAAAAGCUGUCCAUUUUUGACCUUAGUUAUCGAGAGGCAGUUUUUCAUGCAGGAUAGGCAUGAUAGAACUCUCAGAGAAUCUGUCAUGCUAUGUCCUACAUACCAGACCUCAUGGGUCAUGGAAAACCUGCAUGACACGUCCGGCAUUCUUCCAGACCCAGACACUUUUGCAUUUGAUAGUUCACCGAAACGAACCAGCUGCGGGUGCAGCGGCUCUGCGUGCACCGGUGGAAGCGGUUUCGCGAGGAGGAGCGGGUGCGCAAGUCCUACCGGGUUUUGGCCUGCUUCUACGAGUGGCGAAACGUGUUCCUGGACAAAAAAUUGGAACAUUUACGUGCGGAAACCUCCCGGCUGGACAAGCAGGUGGCGGAGAAGGUCGCCGUCACCGCGAAGGGGAUGCGCGAAUCCGAGAUUGCGGAACUGUUUCUGCCCGACUGCCAAAUCUCCGAGCUGGAGCGGCAAGCCGUGUCGGUCAUCCAGAAACUCCUGACGGCCCCGGCCGCGGUGGUGCGGCUGCUGCAGGGCCACAGCAGUUGCCAGCUCGCGGUCUUCGGGUCGUCGGCGGCUACUUCUACUGCGUUGGGCGGUCGUUCAUCUGUGAGGAUGUUGAACAGUGGAACAGGAAAAAUUGUUCCGUCAUUUCGCGGCGCCAGGUCGCAGUCUCCCAGCACCACGACUUUGGGCGUGCUUCGCAGAACGCGGAGUGCCCGGGAAAUGGGUGCCAGUGCAGCCGGACAGAACAACUAUGCGUCCUCUUUUGCCCCGGUCAGUCGAAGCAGCAGGAUAUUGCCCGGAGGAGGUGAGCCGAAUAUUAACGCAGGCUCGCUACUUUCUCCCGCCACCAUAACCGAAGGCGUCCCGUUCUCGCCGCAACACGGCUCCGAGCACAGACUCUUGGCACCUAUCGCUCGGCCCGGCGGUGGUACAACUGCAGCUUCACGUCCGCCACAAACCAGUCCGAGAGAUGAAUUGGUCGCAGACGAGACGGCGAAAAUGUCCUCGCGGAAGGUCGAUUUGGUACAACCAAGAAGUCCAAGAUCCGCUCGAGGGAGCUACAGAAACAACAACAAAAAUGCACGCAGCACGAAACUUCUGCAGCGGGGUCUAUUGGGAAAUACUGCGCCAGCAUCCGCUUUCGCCGCCGCGGCCAAGAGUGGCGGGAAGAUGCUUCUGCUUGGAAAUGUGUCCGGGAAAAGGAUUUUGAACUCCGCGCGAGGUGCUGCAACGUCAGGAGGUCCUCUAGUAGCUAAAUCGAAAAUCGUUACCUCCGCGGUGGCGAAGGCAAAAACCAGAAUACGAAAUUAUCGGACCGGGGGCACAGGGGUUUCUGCCGGUGGUGCAGCUGCAUUUGGCCAACAAGUUCCAAAUAACGCAAGCGCGGGGAAGACAAACACAAACGCCGCUGCACAACAAGGUACUGCCCAGCACCGCCCCCGUGCCAUCUCCUCCGAGUCGUAUUCGCUCUUGCAGGAGCGUCCCCGGAGCAACAGUUCGCUGAUCGUGACCAGCCCAUCCCGGUCGGUGUCCAGGUACCAGUACGACGUAGUCGAAAGUGAGGUGCCAAGACACCAAAGGUCCACGGCCAGCACGCGGGUGCGAAAUUACAGUAACGACGGAUCGAUUUCUCCGAUGCGAUCAGCAAGAAGUAGGAGCGGGACGCCGAGGUCGGCAGCGGGAGGAGGUGCGAGUAAUUCGCCUGGAAGGUCAUCGAGGAGAAAAAAGCGGAGCAGGAGCUUUUCUAACACGGCGAAAAACGGCGCUCUUGCUGUUGUGCCGGAUCAUGAUGUACUUGAUUAUUCAGCUGCUGCUGCGCACCAGUUCUGCUCUCCCACUACCACUUCCCUCGCCGGCUAUCUGUCCCCCCGCCUGCACUUCGAGGUGCUUGAUGGCCGCUCGCAAUCCACAGUGCCAACACCCUUGACCACUACGGAACCGCCACCAGCGCGCGCGCGGUCCUCUACCGCGUUGUACGCUGCGGAGCAUUUGAGGAGCAAUUCAAGGUCACGUGUCACGGUCGCGGAAGCAGGAUCAAAAAACGAUCGGAAACGGUCCUACAGUGACUACGGAACAAGUGUCGGAGCAGCCGCCGCGUAUCAACAUCGAGAGGACCAGGCGCCCAGCUUUGCAGAUGAUGAUCUUCAACAUUACAAAUGCAAUGCGGACUUUGGUUCCAACGAGGCCGAGAUAUUGGGCUUUGAGCUUGAAGAGCAGCCGAAGGAUCUCUCGUCCCAUCUGUACGAGCAGAAAUACCUCCACAUUGCCCCGGGACUGAAGUCCGCUUCCUUUUUUCAGGACCACCCGUUGCUAUCGUCCACUUUGCACAAAUGCAAAUCUACAACGAGAACGACAAGUUCAGCAACUUCUGUACUAGCGCCGCCACAAAAUAACUCGGUUUUCGUUCCGGACGGCGGCAUGGUGCUCCCCCUGAUCGAAACCGCGGCGGCCGAAACCUGGAACGAGAGAUGCAACCUGGCGUUUGCGUUCCACAAAACGGCCAAACUCCGCACGUCGUUCCAGCGGCGGGUGCUGGCCGGGAGUCGGCGGGCGCACGUGUGUUUGAAAACCGCCUUCACGGCCUGGAAACAGAUGGGGUUGGUUUUGCAGCGAAUUCGGCUCGUUUCUUCCCAGAUCGAGCUGCAGUUUCGGAAACGGUUCUUUUUCCGGAUUUUCAGCCGCAUCCGGAUCCCCUUCUGCGUCAACCAGCGGCGAAAAGAGCAACUUUUGCGAGAAAGAGGAACCACUUGUGGUCAAAGACUUGCGCUGCGAACGUUUCGGAAGUUCACUGUGCUCGCGAAGAAAACGAAGUUGAUUGAGGAGAAAGUCCAGUUGUUCAGCCGGAAACUCUUCCUCUCCCGCUGGUUCGACCGUUCGGUGGAACAGAAGCGCUUGAAGGUCCUCGCGUUGCACUGCGCAACGGAGAUCCGCUACCGACACCUGCAGCAGCGCACGUUCCUGCUCUGGCGCGGCUACUGGGCGUUUUGGCGCACCGGGGUCGGGAUCGCGUUGGCGAAAGCCAGCGUGCUGCGGAAGAAGCGGUUCUUGCUCAAGUGGGCAGAGAACAUUCUAGAGUUGAAGCAGCGGAGGCAGAAGGUGCUGCUGUUGGGGAAAAACCAGGAUACCAUCGCGAAAAAGAAGGCGCUGAAGGGGUUCCAGCUGUCCACCUUCGGUGUUUUCGCCGUGAAACCGAUGAAAUUCGAAGAGCAAAUGUGGGCGUGCUACUGCUGGAUGAGACGAUACUGCCACUUGUACCCGCACCACUGCGUGCCACACCAAAUCGCGUUCAAAAACCUGUACUUCGACGCGGUCGUCGUGCAGGAGAAGAAGGACAGCUUCUCGACGUCGUCGGAGAACUUGUCAGUUGUUGUACCACUAUCGUCCGGAGUUGUCGGUCAACAUGAUGAAAACCACUCCAGGUCGUUGUUCUCAGCUCCUGCACUACACAACAAGAACAAAAGAGGACUCGUGAUGGACCACGACGACCGCGCGAAGAUCCACCUCGUCAUGUCAACCGACUCCUGGAACAGCGACGACUCGGUCCGGAUCGGGGGGCCGAAAAACUACGGCGUCUCACCCAUUGCAAGUUUAGUAAGUGGAGGUGGAGGACCUGGACCGAAAUCCUCCCUACAAGGGGCGACGGUGACGAAUCCGAACAGAGGAGCAAGAAGCAACAGUUUCGGACAAAUCAGUGGCAGUCGCACUGCAGGAGCAGCUUUCUCUGGACCUCCACCUCGGGGUGCUGGACCUGCUCCGUCAUCUUUGGCCUCCGGAGGACCACGAGGAGUGCGCCAAGAACUACAUGAGCUGCAACAUUUCUCUACCUAUCGAGGACUUGAGCAGGAACAGAGCCUUCUGCCUCACGCCACCAAUUCCGCGAAGUUCGAGACGGCCAGGGUGGUGAAACCUCUGAUCAAUCUGUUUACGGCGCCCUUCGCCCUCCACCCCCACCGGUUCCGGAAGAGUUUUGGGAUGAUUUUGAGCCUCUUGCGCUGUACGCUGCUGCGCAAAAUGCUGAAGGCGUGGCGGCGGAGGGUGCAGCAGGAGCGGGUUUUUCGCUUGAAAAUGAGGUUCAAUUGCAUCUGGGAUGCCUUCGUCGCAUACCGGGACCUCUGUCGGAAGAGAAGGAGGAUACACAAGGUAUGAAAUCUGCGAGUAUAAUGUUUGAGUUUGUCGGUUCUUCGUAAAAUACCUUUGGGUCUUUUCGCGCAUGUGCAAGGCGUGGUUUCACGACCUCGUUGUUGCGUUCUAUUCAAUCAGAAGCACUUUAGUCCAUGCAAAAAAAAUUAUCUAUAAUCUCCCAGGUCUUCAUCGGGCUGUCCGCCCGAACCAAUUUCCGUCGGAUGGCCCACGGGUUCGAAAAGUGGGAGAAUAAGUACGCGGGCCACAACUUGUUUCGACGGAACUUUGGCACCUUCCGGCACCGCAAAAUGCAGACGGAGCUGCGCAGGUUUUUUCACGUGUGGCGGCGGCUGAUCCGGUUAGAGCAAAGUGUGCGCCGCGGGCUGAUGGACUUUCUGAACGAGAAGAAGCGGAGGUUGCUGGCGAUCUGCUUCAACACGCUAAAACAGGACAAACAGCAGACCCAGCGCAUGCUGAUUCUCCACGACGUGAGUGAUUUGCACUGGUACAAGAAGCACGGGACCCGGGCGCUCGCGGCGUGGCGCCAGUACCACUUGCGGAGCCAGAUUGUGAGCUGUUUCAUCCGUUUGCGUGGGCGGAAGCAGCUGUUGCACUGCUUGCUCUACUGGAAAAUCGAGGUGGAGACCGCAAUUCAAAACCAGUUGAAAAUCGAGCGAAAAAUCGCGGAGAAGGAACGGCAAAUCGUUUUCGAUUUCUUCCGCCAGUUUCGGUUCGUGACGAAGCGGGUGCGGAGGAUAAGAAACAAAAGACUGCAACGGGAGGAGCAGGAGCGAUUGCAGUUAAAAAAGAAGAGUCUCCGGGGCUUCCGCUGGCACGCGCACCGGGAGAACUACUUGAACCGCAAGGAAGAAAACGAGAUCGAAAAGUGGCGGAGCUUUCGUUUGAAAACCGCCUUCAAAGCGCUCGCGCAGUUUACCGGAUUGUGCAAGGCGAUGCAGUUUUUCGCGAAAACGGUAGAGAAAUCCCUCCUGCGCCGGCAUUUCGCGGAGGUGCUGCACUGGAACCGGGAGAAGCUACUCGCGGACGUGCGCAUUUUCUCCACUUUGCUACAGAGCAAACUGCGGAAGAUGGUGCUCGCCUGGAAACACCUGUCCGGGCUUUCGCGAAAGGUGAAACUGUUCGGCCCGCGGCUGUUCCACUACCGACUGCGUUCCUGCUUCGCACACUUCGCCUUCAACACGUGGGUGCGCAUCGCCGUGCGGAGUAAGCGGCAGGUGGUGCACCGGAAACUGCUGGCGAAAGUCUUGUUCCGGUGGCGUUUUGGCAUGGAGCGGGAGCGUUUCUUCACGAAGGCCGGAGCCGCCGUGUCGCGGUCGAUGCACCGGCGGCUGGCGUGCCAGGUGCUGCGGAGCUGGGGGAAAGCGGCGAAGGAGAGCAAGAGACACCGUUUGAUCGUCUACGCCGCAAGCGUUCGCCAGAACGCCAUCCUCCUCACCGACGCCUUCUCCCUCUGGCGAGAAGCAACGACGCAGCAGAAGCGGCUGGAACGCCUGAAACUGCGGCGGCAGACGACCCAGGUGAGCCAGAUGCUCCAUCUGUGGUACAAGUUCACGAUGGUGCAGAAAUGUAUCGCCGUGUCCGCCACGAUUUUGCGGCAGAUAAAAGCGAAGAACUUCCUCCAACAGCACCUCGCCGCGUGGUCCUUUGUUUUCACGAAGCGGGUGUUGUUCCGGGAAAACCUGCAGAGCCUGCAGCUGCGGAAGCGUCAGGGGUUGGUGUCGAAGGCCUUCUACACAUGGACGAAAGAAAAACGGCGGAAGGAGCGCCAGAAGACCGGGGUGUUGGAUCUGCAGCGGAAGAUGCUUAAGAAGACGCUGAAAUUCGGCUUUCAGCAUUUCGUGAAGUUCACAAAGUUGAAGCUUCGCGAAAAGACCGCGGCCUUGAAACUCGGGAUGGGGAUCCAGAAGGUCCUCACGCGCAACAAGUUUCGGCACCUCCGCUACCAGUGCUACUUGCAGACCAAGGCGGAGCAGAAGCGGAAGAACUGCGUGGAGUUCGUGCAGCGGCGGAUUUUGAGGCCGGCGUUUGUGCUGUGGAAAACGCACUUCAACGAAGUUCUGCUGACGGAGAAACAAACGCAACUGGCGGACAAGUUCCGGAAAACAAAGUGGUUCCGCUCCUGCCACUUUGCGUGGUGCGAGUAUGUCGUCCGGAAAAGGAGAUGGCGGGAGAAGACCGAGCGCGCGGCGGAGUAUUUGGUCACCGUCGCGAAGGCGAACUACGUUUUGAAGUGGCGGAACUGGCAGAACAGCCGGAAAAGGGACGUGCAACUGGAGAAGUUGUCCUUCCUCUUCGACAAGACGCGAAGAUUGAAGGCGACGUUUCAAAAGUGGCACGGGCUGAAGAACGGGCCGCGGGUGCUGGCGAAAAUGUACGAAAACAAGAUCUUGGACCGGUACGACAACGUCCUGCAGCUCUUCGACUACUGGAAGCUCAUCCAGUAUUUAUUCGCAAAACACGAACACGUGCAACAAGAAGAAGUGCAAACACAUGAUGCUGGGGCAGAAGAGAACGACAAGGGAGAUGAGCUACGAGCAGGAGAACAACCACUACACGCCUCGAGAAGUAGGAUCAUCGGCGGUGCAGGCGCAAGCACUACUUCAUCUACCUGCGUGUUUUUGGAAGAUUACUACUUGGUCGGCAAGAAAAGAAGGGAAAAGAUGAUGACAAACAAACCCAGCAGCAAGCAGGACAGCUCCAACACAACACACAGAAAUAACAACUCCUCGCGGGGGGUCGUUGAACAUGCAACUAACACAAAUGAAGAGUCGAUGCUCUCUCUGAUUGCCAGGGUCAGGACUCUGUCGCAGGAAAACCUCUCCGAACCGGCGGCCGGUGGUGGCCGAAGUGGGUUCGAGCAGUCGGGUCUUCAUACAGGAGGAGGUGCAGCGCAAGUAACUCGUGAAGUUUCGCCAACCUCGUUGCUUGUCACGGGCCGAUAUUCUCCGCCACCGUUGUUGUUCUCCUCGACGCAGCACAAUCGGCUCGUCGCCCCGCAAGACAAUUCAUCUCUGCUUAUACAUGUUGAUGACUUUUCAGGAGAACAAAAUCAAAAUCAAAAGGAAAACCAAAACGCAUUACACGCAAGCUGUGCAACUUCUUCUUCGACGAGGCAGCGUGAAAGAACCCGUUCGCCGUCCCGGAGGCCGAGGAAGCUUCUGUGGAAACCGACGAAGAGGCUGGAACGGGCAGUGAUUCUCUUUCGCGUGUUCUACACGAUGCGAAAGCUCCAACACAUGCUCCACGCGUGGACGAGGCGCGUGAAGGUAGAAAGGAAUUUCCAGCGGCUCGCAGCGCAGAAAAAUUCCUUCCGGGCCAAGUCCACCGCGGUGCUUGCGUGGAAGACGGCAGUUGUGCGAAUGAUGAAAGCGCAACUCGAAGUGCGAACGAGGAGACGAGAGAGGGUUUUGAGACACAUAACGCGAACCUGGAAGACAAAAUGGUUCAACGCCCUGGAUUUAGAGAAGAAAAAGCAAACCUUGGUAACCCGGACCGAAAAAAGCAUGUUGUCGCUUUCCCUGCUUUCCUGGCGGAAUCUCACGGUGAAAGAAGCGCUGUUGCGGGAGAACUUUUUGCACUACUGUGAGAAGGUGCGGCCGCGAAUCCACUUGGAACUCUACAACCGUAGAUGUUUCGUCGCGUGGGAAAAAGUCACCUUCUUGUCUCGGCAGCUCAGGACCGGGAGGGCGAACCACGCCGACAGGAAAACGCGGCUUUUCUUCCAGAAAUGGGAAUUUCUCCUCCACUCGAAAAAGCGGGGAACGCUUUUGACAGACGUCGCCCGGGUGGAAAUCAAGCAAAAGCAACUGUUCGAGCGGUGGCGACUGGCGUUUCGAUUGCGGCUGGUCGAAAACAGGGUGCCGGUGAGCAGGAGGGUCGUGCCGUUUUCAUCUGACAGCCGGAAUGGAACUGCAUCGAGUUCUUUUUCUACCGUAGUACAAGGUUUUGUGAAACAAGACUCAGAAGAAAAAGAACAGGAAAUAGGACGUGUUGAACAACAGUUGUCCCCCGAAGAUGCAAGAGCAGCAGCUGUUGAGUCCUCAUUUUUCCCAGCAUCGUCGGACGCAGCGACAACACGAGGUGAACUCGCAGAUGAGACUGCUGCACAGCAUCACCGCGUCGUGGCAAGCAAAGGUAAAAAAUCUAGGAUAUUGCAACAACCACAGCAUCCCGCAACAGCUUCUGCCCAGCAGGACCUCCCCCCGCGCCACCUCGGCGGCCUGUCGUUGCAGCGGACCUGCCUGCAGCGGUGGCACUCUUACAUUCUGCUGAAGCAAAGCGAGCACAAGCUGGUGGAGGAAUACAGUGCGAACCGGUUCGAAGUUACCCGACGGCGGCACUUUGCCCACUGGUUAUCCACGUUACACCUGGUCCGGAAACAUCGAAGAAUACUGCAGAUGUGUAAAACCGGGAAGAUGGUGAUGCACGAAAUGGACUUCUGCACGUCGUCGUCGUCGUCGUCGAAUACUCAUCAACGAAAUCAUCCCGCAACAUCAAGCUCUUUCGGAACCGUUUUGAAGAAGAAGUUUUUCGCGCUCUGGUUUGCGGAGCUGUCCUUCAAGCAGCUGUGCACGGAGUGCGAGAAGAAGAUCCAGACGGUGCAAAAACUGCAAACGCUGAAGAAGUGGCGGUCUUUCUCCAAGACGAAGAAACGGAGGAGUUCAGCCGCAAAACACCUCGUCGACCGGUACCGGACCCGUGUGACGGGGAAGCAUUUAAGAGCGAUGAGGCGGCUCUAUUCCGCGACACACAAGCGAAAACGCUAUUUACUGCAGAAAGUCUGGAAGAUUCUGCACACCAACGCGAAAAACCGCAUGGCGACGCUGUUCUUUCUGCGAGCGAAGCUGAAAACGUGGAAGUCCCACGUUCAGUACGUAAAAAAAAUUCUCUCCGGUGCGGGAGUUAUCGCUUUGCGGCGGAUCCAGCGCGCGAAAAAGGCCGCGUUUGCCGGCUUCCUCGAGGACUUUGACGAGCGGAGGAGACAGAACCAGAGGGCGCGGGUCUUCCGGUUAAGCGGGACGCGAACCCCGUCCAGGUGUUUUCUCCUGUGGCGCCGCCACUGUUUUGGCCUGCGGUUCGCCAAACUGCUCGGCGAAAAAAUGGACUCGCAGCUGCAGGCAACCUAUGAAAGAGCGUUCACCUUCGGGCUGCUCAAAGACUUCCGCGAGCUGCAGGCCAAAGCGGACCAGAUGCUGGCCGGAGGGGGGGCGGGAGAAGCAAACCAAGCGGAGCAACAGGCGCAAACAGGGAACUUCUACAGGGAUGUGCGGACGGGAAUUUUGGAUAUUCGCGGUGGAGGAGGACCAACUACAGCGCGACAGACUGCCACGACGGGUGCCCACGAAAGUCGGAUCCAUCAGCAAGUACAUCUGACUGCGACUAGUUCCAGCUCUAGUUGUACUUCCGCUCCAGUUGUAAAUUUGGUUUCUGGCGGAGGUACGACGACAUCAAAACCCCGGAAUAUUGGUGACCCUUCUCUUGUUUCCGCACAACACCCGGACUGGUCUAAGGACACUACGGCGGGCCCUGCGGACUCGAAAUUCGUGACCGAUGAGGAAUUGAGCUCCGUUACCGGAGCAGAAGACGAAGCGCUGCACGACGUUGGUCCCAACGCUGCGCCACACGACCACCUGCACAUCGGUUCCUCUACCGCGAGAAUAGCAACUGGAUUUACUUCACAGCACAACAGCAGGGGCCCUGCAACUUCUGCGAAGACAUCAAAGGCUGGUCCCACAGUCGUGCAACUUUUGGACAGCAAUCUGGUGAAUUUCCGGCCCCGCAUCCUGACCGAAUACGUGCACCGGUGGGUCGAGGUCGCGCAGUACAAGCAAAAUUUGAAGAAAAGCCAGCAGCUUUUCCGGCAGAAACAGCUCGAAACGCACUUCCGCGCUUGGCGGUCCAGCUGCCUAGACGAGCAGAACAACCGGGUCGCGCGGAGAUUCUUUUUGAAGAAGUCCCUGCGGGAGUUCAGGGAAGCCACCGAAGAAAUUCUGGACGCGAAAGUGCAGUUGAACCUAAAGCUGGCGGCCCGCACCCUCCGCGCCUGGAAAAUACACACGGUUGAGAACGCGAAGCAGCGCGCCCUCUUCUUUCGGGCGGACCGGUUUUUCCGCAGGCGGGUGUUCCAGAAAUUUUUCCGGGACUGCUGGCUGCACCGCUACCACGCACCCCAGAUGAAGCUGCUGAAGCGGCAAGUCCCCGCCUGGAUGAAGGACACGGUGGCGAAGAGGGUACAAGCCGAGGUUUUCAGCCAUUGGCGGGACGAAGCGAGCACGUACGGGCCGAUUCUGCGCCAGUUCUGCCUGUCCAACACCUUUCGGAGGUGGCGGACUUGGGGGCGGAAGAGCAAAGCAAGACGGGAAGCGUAUGUAACGAAAAGCAGAACGCAGCGCUUGCAAUCAUGCUUCGCGGCCUGGUUUCUGCAGAGCCCGCUGGCGACGAGGCUGCGGAACGUGGUUGCGGCCUGGAAGAUGCUAACGCACGAGCAGGGGUUGCUGCGACUCACGCGCGGUGACACAACCAAGUUGCGCACGCUGUACGACGAAUCGCCGCGCAAGGUGCGGCGAGCGGCCGGAAGGACAAGGACCGACGCGGGCGGCUGGGGAGGUGCGGCCUCCUCUAGUAGUACUACCGAAGGCGUUAGUAGCGGUCGCGCAGCGGGUGCUCGGGGAGUACAAGUUGGUGAAAGCAGGAUCCUGUCGUCCGGCAUUACAGCUAGAGCAGGAGCCAGUGGCUCUACUUCCCAGAUGAGAGCGAGAAGCGGACGAGCAGUAGAUCGAGAGCGGCCGCUUGACCGGUCGGUGCAGAAUUUGUUUUCAUCUUCUCGCGAAGAUUUUUCGAUUACCUCGUCUCUCGACAGCUUGUCGCAGAGUCUGCUACGCGACUCCGCGGACCACCUGUUCUCGCCAAAAGCACUGCGGAAGUCGCGGAUUCUGGCCGAGGAACGGCGGGAAGCGCUCGCGCAAUCGGUUUCGCUCUCGUCGGAUAGUGGAAUUCUUCUUGCGGGGGUGGAUCAUCAGCAGGAACCUAGCAGUAUGGGGAGCCAAACAGGCUCGCGGCUUGGAAAAGCCACAGCAGUUCCUCCAACUUCUCUGGGAGCCGGGCCAACCACCGGAAGCUGGAUCCACGGUGGCCCCACGUCCUCCGUGGUCCGCGAGGCCUCCGCGCCGGUGCGUCUCGGGCAGGGACUGCAACUGCCGAAAUUCCCGGGGUUUCCGCUGCAGAAGAUCUGUGCGCCCACGCUGGGGCCACUGCCCGCAAACCCCUUUGGCGGCGGGGGAGGAGGGGGCGGUUUUCACUCAUGAUGAAGUGCCGGGGUAGGACUGAGACUGUGAGCGGUUUUUUCGAAACGGAGAGGCUGGUUGUGAUGGGAACAAAGAGAAUAUUUUGUAUACCGAACAACUGUUACUGUUACAGAAUUGAUAAAUGAUUGACCAUUGACAUUGCUUUUGCUAUCAUACCCUUUUGGUGGAAAAUAAAGGCCACUUGAUUCUUGUUUUCAGAUUUGAUUGAUGAACGACAUUACCAGUUUGGUUUGGUGUUUCCUUCCGUUUGCUUUGCCUUAUUUCAGAACACUUCGUGGUAUGACCUUCCUGGGCCACGCCCACGAGAAUACUUUAGGUUUUUGUGUAAUGUUACUCAAGUUAGCUUGGAUUUCAAAUUCAACAUCAAUUUCUGUAGUUACUAGAAGUGGAAGAGGCAAUCCUUUGUUUUUCCUCUGCGAUUAAGUAGUUGUGACGAAUGGCUGUAUUUCGCUAAAUGAGCACAGUGUUGAAUCAGUAUCAGAUGCAGAACUGUGUUUCGCGGUCUGAAGUUCGUGCAGAAGCCCCGCGCUCGAGUAAU